AUGAUCAGAGACGGCAAGAGUUAUGGGAGCUACCAAGAGGGCUACCCAAUAAGAGAGGAGAAUACUCAGUACCAGACGGACUCAGAUUAUAUUGUGAUCAAACGGUCCAUCAGCGAAGAAGUCCAAGAUGCGCUUUUUGCACACACAAGACGCCUUCAGGAAGGCCAAGUAUUUCAGACUCAUAGAGAGUCAACCCCCUGGCAGGACGUGAAUCCUUUCAAUCCAUAUGAUCCCUUUCAUCUCAACCGGAAUUUGAACUAUCAGCCGCCCAAGUGUGUAUCAUUCGGAGUACCGCUUAGCUUUGAUGUCGGUCUGAAAGCGUCCACUGUCAAGCAAACUUUAGGCGGAUUCAGAUCUGACCCAUCCCACCGGGGACAUGCCGGCCAAAGGCUUGAUUUCGCUAGUUCGCGGAUGCCCGGUUAUGGAAAAGUGGUUCUUUAUCGAACGGAUGCGACAACCAACGAGGAGCAGGACCCUCAGUUCUCAUGGACCCAUAUGCAAACCGACACGAAGAGCUUUGAUGAUUUCCUGCGCUUUGCAUCAAACGUGCCGAAUUUGGCAGAUGAAGAUAGGGCUCUCGUCGUGUCUCUCCUCAAGCGAGCACAGCGGAAUCUCCCUGGAUCGAGUGAGCCACACACUGUGAUCCGCUGUGUUGGCUCCAAUUCGACCAAGGACCAUACCGAAAAGUCGGCCAUCUUCCUCCGUCUUCCUUACUAUUCAACCCAGAGAAUGGAUCCAGCGCAAUCUUUUCGCAAGUCCGGCCAUUCCACGCGCAGCCUACUACAGUAUUUUUACAACCUAGAGUCUACCAGGAACCGCGAUAUGCAGCAAGUAAUUCGAAAAUCAGGAGUAUUUCCGAAGGGCCAUAUUGUUCAUGUCUCCGAAUUGUGGGCAGUGAUUGUCAAUUUUCAAGUCAUCAUUACCAGUGCACCCAUACCUCUUAUGGAUGGAGCGAGUCCCUCGUUGGAAAUCAUGGGCCCCCCAGCGACCCAGUUAUUAUCCCCUUCCAAUAUUUGUGUCAUCAACCCCGAUCAGCGUGUGUUCUUCUUUCCUGUGGAGCAUUGCAAGACAUUCUUUGCGAUGAGAGACAGGAUUUCCAGAUAUUGCCUGCCGGAGCUCGAAGGCCGCAAUUAUGGAGGUCGUGAAUAUGGAGGAUAUCAAGACCGUGUCUCUGAAAACCAUGGGUAUGAAGACCGCAGGUACAAGGGGCGUGGUUAUGAAGCUCGUGGGUAUGGAGGCCGCGAGUAUGAAGGUGGAGGCCGUGGGUAUGGAGGCCGCGAGUAUGGAGGCCGCGAGUAUGGAGGCCGCGAGUAUGGAGGCCGCGAGUAUGGAGGCCGCGAGUAUGAAGGUGGAGGCCGUGGGUAUGAAGGCCGUGAGUAUGAAGGCCGCGAGUAUGGAGGCCGCGAGUAUGAACGCCGUGGGUAUGAAGGCCGUGGCUCUGAAACUCGCGUGUAUGGAGCUCACAGGCGCGAAGGCCUAUAUGAUUUUAAAAUGCUUACCCAAGAAAAGGUUCCAAUCAGCGCAGAGGAUUGGACCAAACUAACAGCCGCAUGUGCAUCAACACUUCUUCGCAUUCACAUUGAGAUCUUCAUACCGGAGAGCUCAGAGGAGCGCCGAGAUAAGCAGAAACCAACGAAAAGGUGGAGAAUGCCGGUUUUCGAAGAGGAGUCUUCAAUCGCACAGGGAAAUGAACAGGGCCCAUCUGAAACAGAUAAAAGCGAUGAGUGGGAGAAAAAUCAGCAUGAUUCUCCUGAGACAGAUGAACAGGUUCAACCAGAGAUAGAUGAAGAUGAACAAGCUCCACAGGAGACGGAGGAGUCCACCGCGGAUUCCCAACAGGAUUGGGACUAUCAAUAUAACAGGCUAGAUGAGGCGCGUUAUACUGGAGCGAGGCAUCGAUUGCGACGGGCCACCAGGGUGCGAUCUCUCUCAUCUUUCCCCGGCGUGGUAAUCAACCAGAGACCUGCAGGUGGUGACGACAUAUCCGAUCCUUUGAACGUUUACUUCGAACCAACCAAGCCUGUUCUCUCUUGGGAUAAUGAGUCUAUUGAUCAAGAUAUUCUUCCCAAGGCAGCAGAUGCGGAAGCGCAUAUUGAUCACGGCCAUCAUUCCACGGUAUCCGAAACCUCACCCACAAACUCAUCUGCCUCCCAGGUCUCUUCCCCUUCUCGUCGACUGACUGUCAACUUGGAAUUCCCACCAGUCUUUACCUGGCAGACAAGAAAAAAAUCAUCGAUGAAAGAGAACACAGUCUCAAAAUCAAGCACCCCUCUGGAUAGCCCCAGCCCGGAUCAUCUGAAGUCGAACAUUCAGUCUCCAAAUGAGACAUCUGAGUUUUUGGGCGUGGAUGAGGAGACAAUAAAGCACGUCUCAGCGCAUAUCAACAACGGGCUCCUCGAGCCUACUGAUGGAGAUGGUUGGGAAGUCUAUAGGCAAGCGACGACAAAGUCCUAUUUUGAUGUGGAUCUGGCCAUCACACAAAGAUAUGCUGUUUCUCUUCCUGCAUUGAUCACAGAACAUGCUGAGAUUGUCCCCAACUUGCUUCCUCCAGAAACGGCGGCCUUGAAAGAUGUUGUCGAUUUGCAGACCAUCCCCCAAUGUUGGGACGCAUCUCACAUGAAGGAACGGAUCGACCGAACACGUCAUCAACAGAUGCCAGAGAUCUUCUUCGUAGCCAAUAUCGGCAUCACUGAUGAUGCUGGUCUUCAACAGGACGUCGACCCGGACGUACUGACUUUCAUCGUCGGGGAUUGCCGGAAAUGUGCUGCAUCUCACCAAUACUCCACCCGAUCGGAUGCCAUCGACCAUCUGUUUACGCACGUUAGCGCAGCUUUCCCUGAACAACGCUCGGUGAACGGCUGGCAAUCACGAUGGGUGAUGGACUUUGAAGAGUAUAUGACAUACAUAUGUCGGAAAGAUGACCACAUAAUCAUCAACGAGUUGAAAGACUUUCUAACAAGCCUGGAAAGAAUGGCAGCUCAGAUCCAGCACGGGGUGUCGGCUAAUGGAGAGUUUGACCGGGACACGUACCGCAUCCCAUCAAGUUUGGUUGAUGCCUUCCAGGAUCUCUUGAUGAUGGUCGUGACCAGUGCGCAUCUCGUCAAGAAUUCUCAUAAGAAACGAGAGAUUUACACAGGUGCCCACCCGGUGUCAACCUUCUUGAAGUCGUCAGAUGUGGAUGGGAUCACGGAUGCUGGGACAGAGGCAGAGAUGUCUAUGGAAAGUGCCAUGAGAGACAUUGUCUUGAUGACCUAUACUGACGAGCUAUUCGAUGUCGUGACCUACGAAGCCGUGGGUCCUGGAUUAGUCCUCGCCCUUAUCAUGGGUGACAUCCGCUGCAGAGAUUCGCAAAGCAAUCCGGUCAACUUGCUCGAAAUCUAUCGUGAAUACGUCCGCAAUCUGCAAUUCAAAGCGAGUCAAAAUCCCCACCGACGCCUACUACAGGAUAUCUAUCUAGUCCGCGAGGAGCUAGAAAUACUCCAAAAGGCCUCUGAGAGACAGCGCCUUGUCCUUGCAAACUACUUAAGCGUCAUAAACCCACAUUCUUUCCGCAUAACCACCGAAUCUCGUAUCUCCUCAUUCGAGCUUGAGAAAGCGCGAAUCAACAAGCUCAUAAGCCAGCUCAACACUGAGCUCGGAGCAAUCUCACUCCUAAACAUAAAGCUUGACUCAUUGGCCAACCAGACGCGCAGCGGGGUAGACGUGCGACAAGAAGACCAGGGAAAGGCCAUCCUAGUAUUCACCAUCGUGACUGUAGUGUUCAUGCCUUUAUCAUUUGUGACCAGCUAUCUUGGCAUGAACACCAAUGACAUCCGCAACAUGGACAGCUCGCAGACGCUGUUUUGGACUGUCUCCGCUCCGCUGACCGUGGGGAUUAUUACGAUCGUCUUGUUGGUUGCGUUCCAGGUUGAUCGUAUUCGAGAGAUGUUUGACGCUUUUUGGACGUAUGACUCUACGCUGGCGGCAAAAUCUGGCUCGGCUGUUUUGCGCAGGGAAGGGACGAACGAUCACAUUGAAAACCCCUCUGGAUUGUCCACAUCGAGGAACUGGAUUACAGGUAGCUGGCCUGCAGGAAAGAAGACUGAGCUAAAUGACCCAAUCAGCGUUUAG